CCGAUGACGCUGUUAAGUCGAACGACCGUUGUGCGCCCGUUGAAUCGUCGAUCACGCCGAUAAAGCCCUAACCUCUCUCGAUUCGUCUCUCGUCGAGAGCCCGUCCGUGUCGUAAGUCUAAUAAGUUAGGUUUGGCACCGUCUUAACCCCCUCCCAAAAUCGUGUACACGGUCGAGACCGUCUUCGGUCGUUCGAUAACGAUGCGACGAUAAUAUUAAUAAUAAUAAUACAGUAAUGUACGAUAUACGCUUCAAAUAAUAUUUUUUUAUAAUUCGUUCACCCACACACACACACACACACACACACACACAUUGUUGUUAUUUUAUUAUUGCCGCAAAAAACAAACGCGUCACGAGCACGCGAUCUGUCACAUCUGCUAGGCGGUUUGGCGGAACACAAAAGAUCCGCUCCGACAACACGCCAUCCUCGACGAUCGGCGAAGCUCGGGCCUAUAUAAAAACGAUACCGAUCGAGUGUCGUCGAUAACGUACCAGCACUGCACCGGUGUCGCACAAUACUUCACCCAAAGACAUUUCUAUUUCGGUACAUUUUUUUUUUCGUUUCUUCGCCGUCGCAGUUAAUAAGCGUCAAGUCGAGCAAUUGUCACUGAAACGACGACGACGACGACGAUGGCCGUCGACGGUAAAAAAGCUUCAGGCCGGCUCGCCGCUGCGACCUGCCUCUGGCUGCUCGUCGCGAUCUUCGCAAAUCAGAAUUGUGUAUAUUGUGAAGAAGAAGAAGAGCUACAACGCGCACAACAAUUACAACAAGAUGCACAACUGCAACAGCAAAAACUGCAACAACAACUGCAACAACAGCAACAACAACAAGAUCAGCAACCAAGACCACCACAACAGCUACUGCCACCAGAACAGCUACCAUCACUACCACCACCACCACCACCACAACAACAACAACAACAAAAACCACAAUUACUAGGAACGGUGAUGGGUCCGAUGAAUAGAAUUGAAAAUGAAUUGCCACCAGGUUUAAAGGAUAUGGCCGAAACAACCAUGAAUGCUGAAUUUGGUGGAUCGAAUCUACAACAACAGCUAAGGAAUGGUGCAGGUCAAUUAAACAUUCCGGGUGAUGGUCGAGUACCAAUGUUUUCUGGAAGUUUACCUAUGGUAACUAAUUCUCAACAACCUCCAACUAUGCAGACUGAUGGUCCGCCACGGGCACCAAAUUUUGCUGAAACUAACCUACCUAAAGAGGUUAACCCAAACACACCAUUAAUGCUACCACCACCAGGCCAAAAUGGACGAAGACCUCUUCUACAGAUGAACAAACAGACGAUUAACCCACAACUUCCUUUGAGUAACCAGCAAAACUCUAUGAAUAGCGCGCUAAAUCCUCCUUAUACUCAAUAUUCAUCACAAAUGCCACAAAGACAAGGCUUGCCGAUAUUGCAACAUUUCCCCCGAUUACCACCGAACUAUUUAGCUCCCGGAAAGCUGCCCAUGGAUCAACAAGUGCAUAGACUAUACCCGCAUCCAUAUUAUCCAAACGGCAACGCUGAUAACGGAUAUGAGGGCCAAACGUUAAGUAAUUCACCAGUUUAUCCAGACCAGUCGACUUCAAACUUUAACAUAGGAGAUAUGUUGCAGCAGCCCACGAAUAUGUUGAAUCAUUUGAUGCCGUCGAAUACAAUGCAGUUUGCACAGAAGCCGAUGGACAUGCUAUUCAACACGGUUGACAAGCUUGGCAGGUACACCCAGGGAGUAAGGGAGGGCGUGGGCACCGCGUUGAAGGGUGUAGUUGGCACAAUACUUGACGAAACCGAAGCGGGGGCAAAAACAGCCUUUGGAGUAGGCUUGAACGGAACCACUUCGAUCAUUAACUUAGGACGGAGAUUUUUGUUGCCGGGAACCUUAAGAACUCUACCCAACUCGAGUGGCGGCGGGUAUUUGAUGCAGCAGAACAUGCAGCCUCAAAAUUACCUCUAUAACCCUUAUGCGCCAUCCCCUAACUAUGGUGUACCGGGCUAUAAUAAUAUGCAACAUCACGCGGGUGCAGCGCAGUAUGCGAGUGGCAACAAUAACGGUCAGUUGCCAGUGCAGCACACCGGUUCGCAGAUGAACGCCGAGUACGGGUCACAGGAUGAGAAUAUGCAAAACUCCGGCAUGACCUAUCCCGUCAACCCACCGCAGGCAAUCGUCCAAUACGGCCAACCUCCUAACUAAGGACGUUCUGCAGUGUCGUCUUGGAGUGCUAUAUUGGUGGCUCAAAUCACCGGUCCUCCGCAUUUUCAUUCUUUUUCCGUAUUCCUCUCGUAUACAUCACCUAUUACUAUAUAUUAUACAACAAUACAUUGUUAUAUAUUAGGGCUGGGAUUUUAAAAUGCCUUAAAAUAAAUAAAUAAGCAUAAAAAGACAUGAUAAUAUUAUAUUCAAAGAGUGCGUAAUUCUUAUUUGAGUUUAGGAAGUAAAAAAAAGUAUACAUAUUAUAUUAUUUAUAUAACAAUACAUACAGAUAGACGAUAAUAGAAAAUAUGAAGAAAAAAAAUAAAUUAAAAUAAUAUUGUUUUUACAGUCUCUUUAACAAUUUGUAGAUACAAGAACGGUGGUCGACGAGUGUUGCGCAUGUCUAUAGGUAGUCUAUCGUUUACUUUGAUGAAACAAAACAUUGUGUAGGAUUGUUUAUUAAAAAAUUACCUUAAAAGUUAAAUUUUAUCAAUGAGUUGGUCGAAAAAGCAAAAUUUAAAUAAACCGCUUCACAUUAAUACUUUAAAAGCUACUUAGGUAAGUUUUAAAACACUAGAGAAACAAAUUACGUUGUAUCAAAAUCUCAGCCCUAAUCAUAUCAUUGUAGGUACAUAAUAUUAUACGCGCGAUUAUAUUAUGGUCCUAUAUUUAGAUAGGCACCUGUUAUUUGUAUUUUAUAGUGUAUUUUUAAUAUUAUUGUUAUAUUUUCGUAGGUAGUUAGUUAACGCGCGCAAUGGUGCCCACCGCACAAGCAAUCGUUUCCGAUAUAAAAUUAAAAUAUAAUACAUAGAUACAUAGAUAUGUACAUAAUAUACAUUAUUGUCUACCUACAGCAGCAGCAGACCAUCAAAUCAGUAGCUUAUGCAUCUCUAUAUUCCAAUAACGCUAUGAUGUUGUCAAUUGAAAUACCUCUAUUUUUGCAUUUUUUCUUUUUCAACUGUUUGAGUAAAAAACGAAUCGUAAAAUUAAUAUAAGUUCUCUUUUUAUGAAUUAACUGCACGUUUAGCUUGGUUAAACUAUACUGUAUACCUAAUCACAAACACGUCAAAGGUGGGUGUAUUGCGCGUCCAAAUGUUAUUAGUAUUAAUUAGUGUUUAUAAGAUAAUAAUAAUACACCCAUAACACAUUUAUAAUAAUAUAUGUACCUAACUAUAAGUAUAAUAUAAAGCAUAUCACGUAGUUACUA